AUGAAGAUCUCUUUGAGUUUAAUUUUCACAUUAUGUUUAAUUUUCACGGUUGCUUUUGCUGCGCCAAUCGCGAGUAAAAACGAUAGUUUCGAAUUGCAUGGUGGCGGUGGCAAUGACCUUGACUGUCAUACACCUGAAGGUCAAAACAAAUUCAGAUGUAGAUGA